ACAUAACCCUGUCUGUAGCGGUUUGAAGAAUCUCCUAUAUUAAAGUCUGGUUUAGCCUUGUUGGAGAAUUAUUGCCUUAUUGCCAACUUCCCUUUCUUGGUGUUGUUAUUUCUUCUUCGGGAAGUAUUGGUGAUUCAGGUAUAAAGGACCUUUAUGAAGUGGUUUAUCUAAAUUCUUUUCAAUUUAGAUUCUCCUAGGAGCCUUUGUUACUAUCAUGGUAUCCUACUAGAAUACCUUUGGGGCAAAGGGAUGAAGAUACCUUUCUGCAAAAGUUCCUCUCUUUUUGGAUGGUUUCAGCAGGUACUGUACUUCAUCUCGUCUUGUUAAGGGUGAUUGCCGCAAAAUGAGUCUUCAGGGGGCUAGUGGUGGGCAUGAAAGAUCAAGAGACAGAAGAAGGUCAAGUGAUAGAUCACGUGAUUCAUCCCAUGAACGUCUUGAAUCCCAGCUCACUCCAUGCAUCAGAAAUGUUACUUCACCAACAAGACAACAUCAAGGAGAACGUGAGAAGGAUCAUAGCUCAUCUCGACCAAGCAGCCCUCGUCCUCAGAAAGCUUCUCCGAAUGGUUCCAGUAGCAGUCUAGUAAACAGUAGAAACAACAGCCUGUCAAGUUCGGAUGGGAGUUGCAAGAAUGCUGGAGAAAUGGUUUUUGUGUAUGAGAAUGCAAAAGAAGGAGCACGGAACAUAAGAAUGUCAGAGAGAGUAACACUUAUAGUGGACAAUACUCGAUUUGUUGUAGAUCCUUCAGUUUUUACUGCACAGCCAAAUACAAUGCUGGGCAGGAUGUUCGGUUCCGGACGGGAACAUAACUUCACACGGCCCAAUGAAAAAGGAGAAUAUGAAGUGGCUGAAGGAAUUGGUUCCACCGUGUUUCGUGCUAUCUUGGAUUAUUACAAGACUGGGAUGAUACGUUGUCCAGAUGGAAUAUCUAUUCCUGAACUACGAGAAGCGUGUGACUAUCUAUGUAUUUCUUUUGAUUAUAGUACUAUCAAAUGUAGAGACCUCAGUGCUCUCAUGCAUGAAUUAUCAAAUGAUGGUGCUCGGAAACAGUUUGAAUUUUACCUUGAAGAAAUGAUACUGCCACUGAUGGUAGCCAGUGCUCAGAGUGGGGAAAGAGAGUGUCAUAUUGUAGUGCUCACUGAUGAUGAUGUUGUUGAUUGGGAUGAAGAAUAUCCACCUCAAAUGGGAGAAGAAUAUUCUCAAAUUAUUUAUAGCACAAAGUUAUAUAGGUUCUUCAAGUAUAUUGAGAACAGAGAUGUGGCCAAAUCAGUACUGAAGGAAAGGGGUCUUAAGAAGAUUCGAUUAGGUAUAGAAGGUUAUCCCACAUACAAAGAAAAAGUUAAGAAGCGACCUGGUGGGAGACCAGAAGUAAUCUAUAAUUAUGUCCAAAGACCUUUCAUAAGGAUGUCAUGGGAGAAGGAAGAAGGGAAAAGUCGCCAUGUUGACUUCCAGUGUGUGAAAAGUAAAUCGAUUACCAACCUAGCAGCAGCUGCAGCAGACAUUCCCCAGGACCAGCUAGUGGUGAUGCACCCCACUCCCCAGGUGGAUGAGCUAGAUAUUCUACCAAUUCAUCCUCAACCCAGCAACAGUGACACAGAUCCUGAAGGACAGAACUUGCCACUCUGAUCCAAACUGUGGGUUAAACAAAAGCAUGCUAUUAUUAAAAAAAAAUUGAAGAUGCUGUAAUGAGCUCAUACUGCACUGCAAUUCCAGCUUCUCUCCAUUGUGUAAUGAACAUAAAAUGUUUCAGGAUAUUGCAGUAUGGACUUCACAAAGACCAAAGUGGGAUCUGAUUAUGGUUUGUAGGAGUACAUAUGUAACAUCAUGAGGUUCAGUUGCAUACCUGCAUUUGUUUCCCAGUAAGUAGCUUUUGUGGUAUUGGUUGUAUGGUGGACUGUUACUAGCCUCAAACUCUUGUCAAAAACAGCAGGAUUUGGAAGCUAUGGUUUCUUCAGUAUUUUGGUACACAGUGAGCAAAAUGAAGACUUAAAAUUGAUAGUGGCACUUUACAAAUGGUGGACAAAAAUAUUCUCAAAGCCAUUUUUAUAGUCUAGGUGCACGUUGUUGAUUCUAACAGUGCUGCUUUCAGAGAUUCUCUAUUCAGCGAAAUGUAAAUAGUUUGUUCUGAAUAGGGGUAAUGGGUUAAUUAAAUUGUUCUCUAAUGAAGAGCACAACAUUCUUGCCACUGGGACAUUUGGGUUGUGAUCCAACAGCCUACUUUUUUCAGAAUUAUCCAGUGAAAUUUUUUUUUCACGUUUUGAUGUGAGCCAUGUUGAAGGGUCAGGAACAACUGAUAUGGGCUUUAUCUUUAAAAAAAUGCCUUAUCUUAAAUAUGUUCACAGAAAUAUUUAUUUACUGAGAGGUUUUUCAUAUGUGUCAUAGAAUAGAAAAAUGCAAAUUGUUCACUCUUCACUUAAUAACGGAUUGUAAACUCAAGUUUUUCAUUCAAAUAAAAUUUCCAUUAUUUUAA